AUGGUCGUCGGGUUCCGGGAUGGCUUCAGUGAUUUGGAACAGGACCCAGUUUGUGUAGAUGGCUCAUUACCAUCAUCAUCAUACAUCUCAGAACUCCCUAAUGCCUUACUUUCGAGCGCGACGACACCCCAAACGGAAGUCAUAACGACGACGACAACAACCACAACGACGACAACGCAGACGACCGCCCGACUUCACCUCACCUCGCCCAUGACGUCUCAAUCCCAUUUGUCAGGCGCCAGUGCUGGUUCACCGCGUUUACUCGUCGUCGAUAAAGCCCUCCCUCCACUACCGCGGUCGGGAUCGGUUUCGUUUGAUAUCCCUACAAAAGCGCCGACCAGACCUACUUUAACGCGUUCGGUAUCAGCGAUGGCGUUGGUCGGACACAGAGAACCAGUGAGCCCUGAAGCCGCUCAUACAGCACCUUUCAGCAGUUCCCUGGACAUUGCUACUCGCCAUCUCCCACUGCCCGUCUCUUCUGUUGUCGGGUCCGAGGAAGCACACCGCUCCCCGAGUCCUCAACGGUUUCCCGGCGCGGGAGACGGGUAUGCUUCACAAAUGUCUGAAGAGGACGCACCGCGUCGCGCGAGGGGGUUGUCAUUUGGGGCCCUUUCUUUUCUUUCUCUGGGCAUGGUCGAGUUCAAGGCGAAAAAGGAGAUGGCCUCUGAUGCACUUACUAAGUCGCCCCGAUCGCCUCAGAGCUCCUCGAAGCCACUGGCUCGGAAAGGUUCAUUCUGGAAGAGGGCGAAAGCUCCAGAAUCACAGGAUCGGUCCCCUCGACAAAGUUUGGUUGUACCAGUCACCUCCUCCCCCCAGCUCCCACCUCAAUUGCCCCCUCUCCCAAACAUGUCGUCAAUAUCGAGCUUCGGUGUCGACCUUUCGCGAGACACCUUCACCAGCUUUGCCCGCAGAUCAAGUACCAGUCUGAGCAUCCGGCGUCAUUCCGCCGAAUCGGUUACCCCAAAUCCUUUUGGACGGUCCUGCUCGUCCACUGUUCAUUCCCCUGAUGCCUCCGCUUCCCCUGCUUCAAUCCCAUCACAGUUACCGCCCUUGCUGGUUCUGACCCCCAAUCCUGCGGAGAACUCACACCCCCUAUCCUCCUCUCCACAAGCAGUCGCGUUUCCCCAAAGCACUGACCCGAGUGUCGACUAUAUACCUUCUGACCUUCACAAGCGGCGUAGAGCGCAAACGAACCCAACCAAGUCUUCAUCGAUCGAUCUUUUUCGCUUGAGUAUACCAAGUACACCGUCCUUCACGUCGUCGAAGUCGUCGGCGUCCGCUAGCACCGGCGCCAGUUUCAAGCCAUCCAGCAAAACCACUCUACCUCGACCGGACGGAGGCGAAUGUCCUUCAUCUUAUCUAGAAAGGGUACGCGCCAUUGUAAGCAAAGCGGAACUUGCAAGCGUUCUUGCAUCCAGUGUAGAGCCUGUCUUUGUCGAUGCUCUCAGAACGUAUUUGAAGGAGUUUGACUUUAAAAACGAGCCACUCGACAUUGCCUUGAGGAAGCUGUUAAUGGAAGUGGGGCUGCCUAAAGAAACCCAACAGAUAGAUCGUGUGAUCGAAGCAUUCUCCACCCGCUAUUCUGAGUGCAACCCAGACCUCUUCACCGCCGAUGAUCACGCCUACAUUCUUGCCUUUAGUCUGAUUAUGCUCCAUACCGAUGCCUUCAACAAGUCAAACAAAGUCAAAAUGACGAAAGCAGACUACAUAAAGAAUACUUCCCUUCCCGGAACUUUUCCAGAGGUGCUAGGGUGUUUCUACGACAACAUUGUCUUCUCGCCGUUCAUUUUUAUAGAAGACCCACUAGACACCAACGGUCAGAUUGGAUUGUCCCCUGAUGCAGUCGUGAAGAAGCAACGCACCCCAUCUACACCGACCACCGCCGGCAUCCUUGCGAAAACAAAAGUGGAUCCUUACUAUCUUCUGGCGAAUGGCUUACUAUGUUCAAUGCAAAGCGAGGUUGAGAAGGUUAUGACGCUUGAGGACACACUGUCUUUCGAAGGGACAAACGGGGCUUGGGACAUCCGCGCAUUGCAAGGCGCAUUUUCGAAUGCUCAAAUUCUGGAGAUCGAGGCGCCGGCGAACAAGCCCUUGUUCUCCCUAAACGUUACCGGAGACAUGGCAGCGAACGGAAAGGCGCCGACGACCCCAGCGGACAGCGCUCCCACUACUCCCAGCGUCAUGGCCUUGAGGAUUGCCAAGGCCGGGUUGCUCAACCGGAAAGACGAUAUCACAGGGCGCGGCAAGAGGGCAGCAAUUAGAAAGUGGAAGACAUGGAGCGUGGUCCUGACAGGCUCUCAGCUACUAUUCUUCCGCGACAUAACGAUUGCUAGUCACUUCAUGGAUAUCGUUUCUCGAACAACGGUUUCUGCCGAUGGCAGAGCAUUUAAACCGGAUGAUAUUUUCUCAGUAAAAGAUGCCGUUGCGCUUUACGAUAAAUCCUAUACCAAGCACGAGAACACCUUCAGGUUCAUUCUUGCAGACGGCCGCCAAAUGUUGUUACAGGCCACCAAUAGCUCCGAGAUGAACACCUGGUUGGCCAGAAUCAACUACGCUAGCGCCUUUAAGUCCGCUGGGGUUAGGAUCCGACCUCUGACGCUGUCUCGUCACGACGUUCAGCUCACGGGUGUCGCUGCUGCGGCUUCUCAUCUCCAUGACAUGCAACUUCAGAAUAGCCCACCAUUGGGCCACACCGGCGGAGAUUCAAGCCCACCUUGCGAUUUAAUGGAUAUGUUAUCGGGAGUCGCCAGUCUAGAGAGCCAGCGCCCUCAGUUCAAGCAUCGCCUCACUGCUCCCCGUGACGACCUCCUCGACUUGGACUCCAUAUCGACUAUCGAGUCUGCAAAAACAGAGCAAUUCGAAAAGACCUUCCAACAAGUGAAGGCUGACCUCGCCCAUGUCUCGAUCAGUGACGAUGGGUCUUAUUCGCCCUCUGAAAGCCCAAGGGAUUCUACGCCUCCCAUCCCUGAUCAAGUCCCACUUUCAAGUCAUUCUCGCUAUGAUAUCAUUGCUCAGAAAGUGCGGGAACUGGAGGAGAAAUUAGCUGCCGUCCUGUCAGAACUGGAAGCGGGAAUGCGGUUCAUUCGCAAUAUCGCCAUUCUUCGACCCUUCCAAGGAGCCACAAGGGCUAAGCUUCUGAACGCAGUUAACACUUUUGUGGCGGCAAAGAAAUUGCCGCUGCUUCGCGUCGACUCUCAAAGAUUGGCAUGCCACAUACUCGUACUUCGGGACGAUUUGCAGUCGGAGGCUGAUUCCUUGGAUGCGAUGAAAACUAUUGCUUUGGAUGCCGCUAGACAUACCUUGAAGCAACACAUCCCUCGGAUGACAUUAACACAACAUGGCCUCAACGACAGACUGUCCCCCACGCAUGGACUCCAGAGGCACAUGUCGGACGCAUCCCUGACAGAGUCAUUCCAUUCGGCGUUGGACUACAGUUCUGAUUGGUUAUCGGAAGAGUUGGACGAUGCUCCGACUUCUCGGAGACCAUCUCAGACGUUUGAAUCGCCGCGUCCCAGUAUGUCUACCUCACAUCCAAAUAUAGCUCUCGAUCCACAAGGUUCAAGAAGCACCUCGUUAGUACGAUCCUCGUCGUUUUCAAGCUCGCGAAGUGGAUCAUACAAAGAACUGGGCAAUACUUCGACAUCAGCAAACGAAGACGGAGCCGAAGAAGCCGAACCCUGGAACAGAACUCGCGCUGCCAAAAGGGUUUCUCUCAUUCGUGUGCCUUCGACUGUUGCUCUUUCAAUGCGGACAAGUCAUCAGACAGUACUGUAA